AUGAAUCAUUUUAUCUUUGAUUACAAAAAAACCAAUUAUUUUCCUAUUCUUGAAUCACAAUUUGUUUCAAUAAUAUUUUUUUUUGCUAAUUUAAUAACAACUACUAUACUUGUUGAACGAUUUAAUGGAAAUGUUAUAGGCGAUGGUGGACGUCUUACUUUUGGAAUUACAAUUGAUGGUAUUGAUUAUGAUGGAUCAGAUGUUCUUAUUGGUGAUGAUGAAUGUUUUGUUGAUGAUAAGUAUUUUUCAAUAAUUUUUAAAUAACCAUUUUUUGAACGUUUAAAUUCAUUUGAUAAUCAAACAUUAUUAAGUUUACGUGGUUUAACAUCAUCAAUUGAAUUAACUACACAGCAGAAUCCAAUUUGA